AUGCUGGUGCAACGUCUAUCCAGUAUUCUGCACUUUAGGGAAGAUGCACUACGCUUGUUCAUAUGCAUAUUAGCCGGAUAUCCACUAGCCUACCUACAUCGCACAGUUAUUUAUAAGAAACCACCACAGGAGCAACACAUAUUCUUCGUAGCUGUCGGUGUUGCAUUACAUUUCUUUAAUACUGGUGAGGGAUUUCCUCAAAGAUAUGACGUUGUCCACACUUUUGUAGCAAUUUUACUCGCAUAUUUAAUAACGAAUUUUAUGGCCGGCACUCGUGAAUCGAUAGUGGCGGCACAUGUAUCGUUCUUGGGUUAUCUUCUCGUGGCUUACUGGUACACAGAAUCAGCCGAUUAUGACAUCAACUGGACAACGCCAUUCUGUGUCUUAGUGUUGCGAUUAACUGGACUAGUGAUGAACGUUUACGAUGGAGUUCACUACGUGAGUGCCUCUCUUUGCAAUGACUGA